CUUGAGCUGGGCAGGAUCUUUGAGUUUGGUCUGAGCUCAAGUGCUUCUGUAUUUCCUACGGCACAGCAGUGACCUCUUCCCCCACCAGCAUGACUUCACAUAACCCAGACAAGAGCUGAGAGAAGAAGCACCAAGAGAACAAAAUGCCGCAGCCAAAGUGUAGCCCCAACAAAGAGGAGGAGGAAGAGGACAUUAUUGAGGGUGACGAUGAGAAUGAUGACUAUGAUUCUGUCUGUGAGGAAGAGAAUGGUGAUGGAGUUGACCAAGAUGAUAAAGAGAAGUGGCACAACCACAUCCACACCAGAGAGAAGCUAUUUCCCUGUGCUGAGUGUGGCAAGAGCUUCAGUUACAGAUCUGCCCUCACCGUCCACCAGUGCACACACACUGGCGAGAAGCCCUUCCCCUGCCCAGACUGCGAUAAAAGCUUCAGACAGAUGCAACACCUCACGCAGCACUGCCACACUUACAGCAGUGGGAAGCCCUUCUGCUGCGCUGACUGCAGCAAGGGCUUCAGCAGCAGAUCUGCCCUCACCACCCACCAGUGCUCACACAGUACUGAGAAUCCCUUCACCUGUGCUGACUGCAGCCAGAGUUUCAGCUACGGAUCUACCCUCACCAUCCACCAGCGCACACACACUGGUGAGAAGCUCUUCACCUGUACUGACUGUGGCAAGAGCUUCAGGCAGGGCUCCGCCCUCACGCAGCACUGCCUUAUGCAUACUGGUGAGAAGGUCUCCUGCCCUGACUAUGGCAAGACCUUCAGCUGCAGCUCUACCCUCAACAACCACCACCAGAUUCACACCAGAGAGAAGCUGUUCCCCUGUCCAGAGUGUGGCAAGAGCUUCACCCUGAGAUACAGACUCCUCCAGCACCAUCUCACCCAUACCAGUGAGAAGCCCUUCACCUGCACUGGCUGUGACAAGAGCUUCAGGCACAAAUCCAACUGUAUGUCUGCGGUGACUGCAGCCAGUGUUUCACUGACAAGUCCUCUCUCACCAAGCACCAUCAUGUGCACACUGGGGAGAAGCCCUACAGCUGUGCAGUGUGGCAAGAAUUUCAAGUGCAGCUCCAGUCUCACCCAGCACCACCACACCCAUGUCUGACCAGCCCACAUUGGGGGGUAGUUACAAAUAGACUCCCCUUGGGUCUGUUUGGGUAAUUGGGACCAUCCCAAGAGGGACUUUCCAGUAGAUGGAACCAAAAUCACCUCUUUUUCACCUGCAUUUCUCAGGAGUUGGGGGCUCCAGCAGGAACAACCAACCCCUGCCCUUCUAAACACCAAUCGGUGGUGGUGAGAAUAAUUACAGUGAUGAGUUGGCACAGCUGGUACUGCCACUGGAGCGGUGCUGAGCUUCACCAGGAUUUCUCUCUUUCUUCCCAAAUACUUUGUGUCUCCCUGGGUUAAAAAAAAAGCCCUGUCCAUUGCCCAUGUGUCAAUAAUCACCCAAAGUUACGCAAAUGCUGUCUUUUUCAUUUUUAAUUGGGAUAUUUCUUCCCACAAUGCCCACAUGCUGGGGGCAUUUGUUCUCUCGGAGUGGGACUGGAGCU